UCGAACUUUUCUCCACCUCUCUGCAAAUUUCUGACUUUUCCUUCACCCGCUCCAUGAUUCUUUGCUUUGACUCGUCAGUCUUCUUCCCCAUUCUUCUAUAAACCCCUCUUUUCCUUCUCCUCCCGUGUUUUGCCCUUCUCCCUUCUUCACCGUCUUGCCCUGAUCCUGAUCCUCAGCCUCUUCGUCGUCUUCUUCUUCUUCAUCAUCAUCAUCAUCAUCAGCAUCGUUCUCAGUUUUUUGUCCUGCCCGCGACAAUGGCGAAGUUCACUUACUCUUCUGCUUUCACCUUGUCUGAGAACCCUUUGAACCCUGUUGUCGGUUCUUCGUCUUCUCCAUCGUUCGGAGCCUCCGAUGAUGAUCUCGAUGAUGCCUGCAGUAUCUGUCUCGAGCCCUUCACCGUUCAGGACCCUGCCACUGUUACUAGUUGCAAGCAUGAAUAUCAUCUUCAGUGCAUUCUUGACUGGUCCCAAAGAAGCAAAGAGUGCCCCAUUUGUUGGCAAUUGUUUACCUUGAAAGACCCUGCUGGCCAGGAGCUUCUGGCUGCUGUGGAGAAGGAAAGAUUAUUGAGGUCCAGGAAGGUGUCUUCAGCUUCUCCAAGAUCAAUUCAUCACUCUCUUGACGAUUUUCACUCAGAUGAGGAGGCUUCUCAGUUUAGUAGCUUCGAUGAAGAUUUCAUGCGUCAUCUCACUGAAGCUGCUUAUAGACGCGGUUUGCUUCGAAGAAGGGAGAGUCGAAGAUCUUCUGGUCUCGGUUCCUCCAAUGCUCCCACCAUGGUUUCUCCUGCUGAUAUGGCCAAUCCAGAUCAUAACCUGGGCUCUAUUUCAAGUAAUGACUCAAUGGCAAAUUCAGCUAUUCCGUCUACUGGCAGUAUCCAAUCUCCAUCUAAUGUCUAUAGUGACUCUUCCUCCGCUGCAGACGGGAACAAUAUCUUGAGAUUCUUCCCUGGCUUGUCUCUAUCUCCUUCGCCAAAAAGUCCAGAUUCCCCCGAGGCAUCAUCCUCUCUUCCCGAAACCAUUAAAUCUAAACUAGCUGCCGCUUCAGCGAGGUACAAAGAAUCAAUCUCGAAAAGUAAACAAGGUCUGAAGGAGAAGCUACUCGCCCGGAACAACUCAAUAAAAGAAAUGAGCAAAGGAGUCCAGCGCGAGAUGAAUGCAGGGAUUGCUGGUGUUGCCCGGAUGGUAGAACGCCUUGAUCUUGCCUCAAAACGUUUCGGAGGGUCUGCACCAGUUUCGACCGCCACUAGUGGUUCCAGAUUCAGCUUCUCGUUCAAAGGAAAACGUGCAGAAGAAAAUGCCCGUGUGGAGACUCCGAACAGAAACAAUGGGGACAAAGCUGAAAUCCCUGAGCUUCAGGGAGGACAACAGAUAUUCUGACAAGUCGUGGGGGGAGACGACAGAGAGAGGCAACUGCAAUGUUUUCACUUCGAAAACCAUAAAAAGUUCGUAUGAACUCUGUUCCUAAUGCAAUGCAAGUGAUGUGCUUUCCAUGUUC